AUGGGUACAUUUUAUAGCUUCAGAAAAGCCUAUGGUGCUCUCAAGGACUCCACCAAAGUUGGUUUUGCAAAGGUCAAUAGCGGAUUCAAAGAUUUGGACAUCGCCAUUGUGAAAGCUACAAAUCACGAUGAAUGUCCUCCAAAAGAAUGUCAUGUUAGAAAGAUCUUUUCCGCGACAUCCGUGGUUGUACCGCGAGCCGAUGUUGCAUAUUGUAUCCACACUCUUUUUAGGAGAUUAUCAAAGACGAAAAACUGGAUUGUUGCAAUAAAGACAUUGAUAGUGUUUCAUAGAAUAUUAAGGGAAGGCGAUCCUUCCUUUAAAGAAGAGUUACUGAAUUAUUCGGAACGAAGACAAGUUUUUCAAGUCUCUAAUUUCAAAGAUGACUCGAGCCCUCUAGCAUGGGAUUGCUCUGCGUGGGUUCGGACGUAUGGAAUAUUUCUUGAAGAGCGUUUAGAGUGUUUUAGAAUGUUAGGAUACGACAUCGAGUCAGAACGUAUGACUAAACAAUUAACUGGCAAUUACAAUUUUGUGAAGGAGUAUAGUAGAACUCGGCUCAUAAGUUGUGACAAGCUACUAGAGCAAUUACCUCAAAUGCAGCAACUUCUCUUUCGUCUCAUCGGAUGUCAGCCUGAAGGAGCUGCUUACCACAACUAUCUAGUUCAAUAUGCUUUAGCUUUAGUUCUCAAGGAAAGUUUCAAGAUAUAUUGUUCCAUCAAUGAUGGGAUCAUUAAUCUUGUCGAAUUGUUCUUUGACAUGCCUAAAGACGACGCUAUAAAAGCUCUGAGUAUCUACAAAAAGUCGUGGAAACAGGCUGAAUACCUUGCUGAGCUCUAUGAAUAUUGCAGAAACUUGGAUCUUGCAAGGAAUUUCCAAUUUCCAACAUUGAAACAGCCGCCACCUUCAUUCCUUGCAACGAUGGAGGAAUAUAUUAGAAAAGCUCCUUCAAUAGGAUCAGUUUCCAUUAGAAGAUUGGAGUAUGAGGCAAUUGAAGAUGAACAAAGUGAAGAUUCUAACUCUCAAGAAAAGAAUAAUGAAAGACUCGAAGACAAGAAACCGUUGCUAAUUGAGCCUGAUCCUAAGCCUGAGCCCGAGUCUGUGCCUAAGAGAGAACAAGAUAUUUCAACAUUUGUAUCUCCCCCUAAUGAUAGCGAUCUAUUGGGAAUGCAGCAAAUGAAUCCGAAAGCUCAAGAGUUAGACGAAAACAACGCGCUGGCUCUUUCCAUCUUUCAGAAUGGUUGUAAUCCUAGAUCAUCGUCUAUAGACUGGAGUGAAGUCGAAAAGAAACUAGGAUGGGAGCAUGCUCUUGUUGAGAAUAACAUCAUCAUCAAUAACAAAACUUCACAAAACAAUUUGGUUGGUGGAUUCGACAAGUUCUUGUUAGACAGUUUAUACGAAAAUGACGCAGCUCGAAAGCAAGUACAACUACACAAUUCCGAACACCACACACAUUACGGAUAUGAUAUGCAAUAUAAUCCCCCGAUGAAUGUGCAAAUGGUGGCGAUGUUGCGCCAUCAACAACAGAUGACGAUAAACCAACGGCAACAACAUCAAAACCAAUAUUCACAGUUGUAUCAACAACCAUAUCAGCAACAAAACAUGUUAGUAACCUACAAAAACGGGCAUUCUAGGACGGCUUCAAAUCCUUUUGGAGAUGGUUACUAG